AGUGUCUAAAUACCAGCUUCAAAUCCAUUACUCAGCCAGAGUUAUUUCGAGUAACGGCCCAUCAAAUAUGGGCAAAGUCCUAUAAAGGCAGGAAAAAAAAUCCUUAAGUGACAUUGUAUUUAUGUUUACUUUAUCAGGAAUCUCAUUGUGUCCAGUUUAAUGAGUAACUUUUAAUAUGGGAAGAUAUAUACAUUCCAUGGGUCCCAUAAAACCAAGGCUGCUGAAGUGGGCGAUUUAACAUUUCAAGGAAAAGUAUGAAUUAUGUGAAGGUCAAGUCCCGUUUUUAAGUAUAUUAGGAGGCAUAACAAAAAUAAGGAAGUGGUUAUAAAUCUGAGUUCCAAGAAUGGUAACUCCCUUGUAUGGACAGAGAAAAACAGUGGAACAGAACAAUGACAUUCCUUUGCUGCAAGAACACUUAAGCAGAAAAAAAACACACAAGGGCCAGAAUCACAACAUUAAAAAAAUGCAUGUCAUUGAGAUGCUCCAUAUUGAAAUGAGUGUUGUUCAACCAGCAGCUACAGUUCAAACUCCCCUUAAGUUCAGAUGGCAAAUGGUAGGAUAUCACUUAUUUAAAUACAGAGGUUGUUUGCACAUAUCGCAAGAAACAAAGGAAAGUGGCUAUAUGGACUGGUGCACAGGGCAGGCUCUACACGGGCUGGUCAGCUCCAAGGAUGAAGACAAGGACCCAGCAGUGCUGAGGCAAAGCGAUAACUUAGAUGACCAGUCUCAGUUCACUUCCAGCCUUACAGGUGAGACACUUUCUGGAUUUUGUUCACAAAACCCAGCCCAGCCGUCAAGUAAUUCUGGAUGCUGCAGGAGGUCAGAAGACAGACAAAGCACAUCGCUGUCCACAGGAUCGCUGAUGGUCUCAGCAUCACACUCGGAGAAUGACAGAACUAUAGGAAAGAUCCAGCUCUUAUCUCUGGCACUGAAGGCUUUCGAACUAAUCCCGUGCAUCUGGCUAGCUGGCUUCACUGGGACGUGUUUUGGUCAAAGUUUACCCAUGAUUAUCGCCUGUCAGUUGCCACUGGAAAAUUGUAAAGGAGAAUCUGAAAUGCAACCACAGGCCUUCACUUGGCUGCCUGGAAUCGUGGUUUGGCUUUCAUCUCUGGCAGCCACACCUGCACACAGCAGGGGCAGCAACCUGAGACACAGGUGCAGGUGUGGCUCCUGCAGGCUGGCAUCCAUCCCCCCUCCUCCCCACCAAUGCACGUCCCGGCUCCUACUUUCCCCUCUGUGAUGUGGACAGAGGUGUUAGGAACUGAAUCACCGGCACCCCUCACAACUGUUUGGAAGCAGGGUCCUGGCAGACAUCAGUAGUUAGGGGGAAGUCAUUCUGGAGGAAGGUGGGCCCCUAACCCAACAGGACUGCUGUCCUUACAAAGGGCGGACAGGCGGACAGAGAGACCCACACAGGGAGCACUCCACGGGAUGCUGAAGACACAGGCAAGUCAAGGAACACCAGCAAGCAACCAGGGGCGUGCACAGGGGCCCGGAAUAGAUUCUCCUGCGUGCCUCCCACCUUGAGCUCAGCUGUCCAUCCCCCAGAACUGUGCAAACAAUGCAUCUUGAUUGCUUAAAACACUCCAGCCGU